UUUUUGCUAUUUUUAUUAUUCACAUAUUUUAUUCAAAAAAAAAUUUCUUGUUUCUAAAAAUUUAAAAAAAAAACUUAAUAUUCAUAUAAAAUGGAAGCUAUUGCCUCUCGCACAACAUCGGAUAUAAUUGUCCAGGACCUUGAUGCGUAUGGUGUACCAUCGAUAUGUCAAUAUACCCAUCUGAAUUUCAAGGAUCCCAAUAAAUUGGUUAAUGAAUCCCUAAAAUGGCUAAAAGAACUUCAAAAUGGAAUACCGAUCUGGAAUAGGCUGCUCCACUGCAAUUGUGUAGGCCAGCCUAGGUCAGAAAUUCCUGAAGGAUAUGAAGUGGAAAUACCUGAACGUUUGUUUUCCUUGUGGGAUAAUCCCGGGAAACAAUUACAAAUUUUGAAAAAUGAAAGAGAUGUGAAAAGUGUCCAAUGGAUGUGCAAUCUAUUGGUGUUUUGUGCCGCUCUAAGGGUAAACUUGGAUAAAUGGAGUUCCGGAAUGUUGAAUGAAAUUUUUGACAAGGCUUCUGAGGAGGUUUUGAAACAAUACGACAACAAUGAGAAUUUUCAUUAUAACCGGUUGAAUAUCACCCUGCCAUGGAAGGAUAUGAAUUAUCAAAUUCAAACGCAAGAAGUUCUCAAAGGACAUCUCUAUGGUUCUCACAACUCCAAGGAGUUCAAUUUGUCGCGAGCCCUAAUGGAUUUCUUCAAGUCCUACCAAUUUGGUAUUUUGCAAUGCCAACAACGUCAGUUGGCAUUUGGUUUAGCAGUCGGGGUGGAUCAGGGCUAUUUUAUGUAUGACUGCCAGAGUCAAGGAUAUCCUUUGUUCCCCCACAAUCAAAGCAGUGCAUAUAUCCUGCGAACCAAAUAUUUGCAAAUUUUGCUCUAUUGUUUAAUUGUUAGCUUUGGCGCCGAUUUAGAAAAGGCACCAUUUCAAAUUUUAAAUGUCUUCGUAGGGGUAGAGGAUCCCUUGGAGGGACAAUUAACAAAACGGGUUAUUGAAAUUUACAUGAAAAAGCAAAGGAAAACGCAGCAAAAUCGAAGCUCGAUUAAAGAAAUAAAAUCCACAAUGUCUUCCAAUGCCAGCCGAAGUUCGGGUGGCCAGGAAGUGCUACCAAUGAAAUCCACAAAUUUAACAAAAACAAAGUCCUCAAAUGCUCCGAAAUUUAGUACCAAAAUCUCCACAUUUCUUGCCAAGCUGAAGAUGACAAAUAGGUCAACGCAGAAUCAGAAGGGAAAAACUAGGAAGGAACCCCAAAACAUUUCCAAAUCUGAACUAGAAGCUUUAAAACAUUCAAAAUCCUCCAGAAAAUUAAUAAAAAUCGAAAGGAAAAUUAGCGACUAUCAAUCGGAUACCAGUGAAACCCUCAAGCCGCUCCACAGUGCCAGGCAAGUGGAGGUCCAUACUGCCACCAAAGGAAGGGCAGUAACAAAAAACCCAAAAGCAAUUAAUACUCCGAAAGGAAAAUCCAAAAAUUAUGGAAAAUUGUUGAAAAAAUAUUGUCAAGAAAACUCUACAAAAAAGUCUCCAAAAUCUAAGACAGAUACAAAAUCACCAAUAACCAAGGCUUCGUUCCAACACAAACUCAAUCCUAAUUUACAACAGAAACCAAUGUCACUUCAAGGAUCCCCUCUGAACAAAUUGUCACCUCGCAGAGGAAGCUUCCCAAAAACAAUGUCAAUGGAAAAAUCUACCUUUUCUAGAAAUAAGAAAAUUCCAACAGUUGUAAAUAUGCUCGACGUUACCAAGCCAAAUCUAUUCGGUUCGAAAUGUUAUUUAGUAAAGAAAUAAUAAUUUGUUCUUAAAAAAAACUAAAAUUAA